GAGGCGAGCGCAUGCGCGCUGUGUCUUCAGCGCGUCCGGGCUGGAGACUGCGCCCCCCUCUGCACCUCCGCCCGAAGCUACCGAAGCACCUCGGUGCGUUGCACCUCCAGAGGCCAGGGCUGGCUAUCUGUGCUGCUCAGCGCCGCUCCCCACCCGGUGGGCGGCUGUGGCCACGCACGCCAGGGAUCUACACUGCCCCCCUCCAAUUGCAUUGACCGCCCUCGCCCCUCACUGCCGCCGGCGGCUCGGGCUCACUGGACACUGGCGAGCAGCGGUGCACUGGUACCCGGGCGCUGCAGCCGGCCCUCCCCCCUCCCCGUGGAGUCGGGAGUAGUGCAGUCGCCCGCCGUCUGGCAGCGGAGCUGGGUCCCGCGUCCAGCCCUCCGGCCUUUGCUUAGGGCCCUUGAUCCGCAAAGAGGAGCGGUCUUACCGAGGCCGGCCCGGCCCCGCCCGGCGGUGAGAUGAGCUUCUUCGGCUUCGGGCAGAGCGUGGAGGUGGAAAUCUUGCUGAAUGAUGCGGAGAGUAGGAAGCGGGCCGAGCACAAGACAGAGGAUGGGAAGAAGGAGAAAUAUUUCCUCUUCUACGACGGAGAGACGGUCUCCGGGAAGGUGAGCCUCGCACUCAAGAACCCCAACAAGCGGCUGGAGCACCAGGGCAUCAAGAUCGAGUUCAUCGGGCAGAUCGAGCUCUACUAUGACCGUGGGAACCACCAUGAGUUUGUGUCCCUGGUGAAGGAUUUGGCCCGGCCCGGAGAAAUUAGCCAAUCACAGGCCUUCGACUUUGAAUUCACCCACGUGGAGAAGCCCUAUGAGUCAUACACAGGCCAGAAUGUGAAGCUCCGGUAUUUCCUUCGAGCCACCAUCAGCCGCCGUCUCAAUGAUGUUGUCAAAGAGAUGGACAUUGUAGUUCAUACACUCAGCACAUAUCCAGAGCUGAACUCUUCCAUCAAGAUGGAGGUUGGGAUUGAGGACUGCCUGCACAUUGAGUUUGAGUAUAAUAAGUCCAAAUACCACUUGAAAGAUGUCAUUGUAGGGAAGAUCUACUUCCUGUUGGUGAGAAUCAAAAUCAAGCACAUGGAGAUAGAUAUCAUCAAGCGGGAAACGACGGGCACAGGCCCCAAUGUGUACCAUGAAAACGACACGAUAGCCAAGUAUGAGAUCAUGGAUGGGGCGCCCGUGAGAGGAGAGUCCAUCCCGAUCCGGCUCUUCCUGGCGGGCUACGAGCUCACCCCCACCAUGCGGGACAUCAACAAGAAGUUUUCCGUGCGCUAUUACCUCAACCUGGUGCUGAUAGACGAGGAGGAACGACGCUACUUCAAACAGCAGGAAGUGGUGUUGUGGCGGAAGGGUGACAUUGUACGGAAGAGCAUGUCCCAUCAGGCAGCCAUUGCCUCACAGCGCUUCGAAGGCACAACCUCCCUGGGUGAGGUGCGGACCCCCAGCCAGCUGUCUGACAACAACAGCAGGCAGUAGGCCCCCAGGGCCAAGAAGCUGCUGGGCUUCCACCCAGCACCCGUCUACCAAACACCAGCGGCUGGGGGAGGGGAGGACGGUGUGAUGUUCAACUGACCCGUUACUUGCAACCUGAAAACAAAUCAUGUUUUGACUUAAAUUCUUUUUUUCUGAAGAACCUAAGGGGCGUGGGUUGGGAGGCAGUCUCCUUGAGAUUCUGCGGCUGAUGUGAGAACAGGGAGAGGUAGCAUUCUGGUAGCUGGUCUCUCUGGGGAAAAGAGCCUUUUGUUGAGGCCUUCCAUGGGGGGCUGCCUCACAUCUUGCAGGGGAGCAAAGAGCAGGCAUCCUUGGAUCCUGGGUCUCUGAGCUUCCUGAUACAGGAUCUGAGCAUGUCCCUGGGAUUCUGAACUGCCAGCGGGGCCAGGGGGUAGUCCUAUCUUAUUCUCCCCUCUGCUGUUUCUGAGGUAGUGGCCAAAGAAGCUGGUCCUUCCCCAUCCUAAAUGGCAGCAGGGAGACUCAAGAUCAGGAAGCUACCUCUUUGGGAGUCUUGGAUGUGGUGCUUUGACGUUUCCACAAGCCACCUCCUUUCUGGCCUUUCUCUCACUGCUGGGACCCAAGCACCUCCCUUCUCCAUCUUCUACGGACUCUUGUCAGUAAUGUCCUGGAACAGAAGCUUGUGGAAGGGCCUUUGGCUGUUGUCCCCUCACCUGUGAGAAAUUCUGGGCACAGAGACACCUGGGGUUAGUGUCACGCAUGGAUGGCAGCAGUGUUGGAUAUAAGAGGCCAAGCCAGAAGUAUGGUGACUAUGUGUGGUUGCAGUCUGCCUGCACCCCAUGACUGCACUCUCCAGCCCUGAGGGCUGGGUGGCUCUAGGAUACUGCUGUGUGCCACAGCAAGCCCAAAUAAGGGCAUGUGUUUCCUUUAAGAGAUCCCGGGAAGGCCUUGAUCUCUUUGCUUCCCUAAGAAUGGAUCCUCAUCACUCCUUGCUCUCCCUUCAUUUAAUUUGUGGGAAGUAGGGCUUCUAAGUUUUGUUCUUACUGUCACCCAUGCCCCUUCAUUCUCUGAGUUUCAGGAGGGAGAGGAGAGCCUCAGCAGAAGACUCUGCUACACAACUUCAGAAUAAUUCUGCUUGCCAAAUUAUGUCUUCACCUUCACCAGUUGGCUGACCAGACUUUAGGACCAUUGAUGUUUUUGUUUAAAAACAUACAGAAACUCUUGCGGGUAUUCUUGUUACAUGAAAGGAAAGGGGACCUUCCCUCUGUUGCACUGUGCUCGGGCCUAUUGGAGUAAAGGUGUUGACAUCCUUUUCUGCCUCAUCUGGAAAUGACCUAUUGGCCUUCCUUCCCUUCAGGCAGACCCCAUUGGCCAAUAAGUCCAAUAUCUGUGGGUCUGAGUUCUCUAUAGUUUGGAAAGCAGGGGGUUUUGUUCCUUUGUCAUCUUUUAGUGUGGAAAAUGGGGACUCCUCUUUUCCUCAGAAAUCAGUGUAGUCGUGGGCCUCUGACUGGGCAGGGCUCAUGGGUCAGGACUGAGACUGGGGGGAGAAGACACUGGGAUGACACUAGAGGUUGACUGGGGACAGCAGAACCACAGAAGGUAAGGUGGCUCCCCCACAUGCUGGACCCCAAGUUCAGGUGCGACGGACAAUCUCAUGGGAAGAGAAUCACCCAUUCAGCUGCCCCUGGAUUAUCAAGUUUGGAGUUUAAGGAUAUGGGGGAGGCAGAUUGUGUGCUCCUUGUCUUUUCCAGAUCAUGAGAUUAGGCUCUGGUGUGCCUCCCAUAACAGCUGGUAUUCUAACUAGAAAGUUCCUCUGCCUCCCAACUGAUAACCCAAAUUCAUUUUCCAACUUUCCUAACAUCUUAAACUUUUUUUUCUGGGAGAACUAGAAGAUAGAAUUUGCUUUUAUUCUCUCAGGAGCUGUGCACAAGCCAGGUCUUCUGUUUUCUCUCACUCUGCCCCCAUUCUCUACUUCUCUAUGCGACUGUGGAAGUGAGAGGAGGGACCGCCCCCUCCUUUAAAGGUCCCCAUACCUGGGAGUGCAUAGGUACUAAACCAAGCAGUGCAACUUGUAAUUAAGCAGCUGCAGUGUUUACAUGUUUCUUAAUGUGUCGUCUUUUCAAUGGCUGUAUUUUAAAAAAAAAAAAGAAAAAAAAAGAACACUUGUUUCAAUUGUCUCUCUGAUUAAAGGAAGCCCCUGUGGCUUGGAGGCAUUGUGCCCAUGGUCCACCA